AUGAUGUCUAUACUUGGCGAGUUAUCCGUCAUCGGAAUUCGCCAACUUAGCCCCCACAAAUUCAUAAGAAGGGACGUCGUGACGUCGGUGUCACCGGAGCUUCUCGCUGACCUGGUUGGGGACAGCGGGAAGCCCGUGAUCGCACUGAAGCGGCAUUUACAGGCAUUUUGUGGACAUCCGCGCUUUCGGCAACAGCUGGUUCGUGAGAGUGGCGUUGCCCUCCAGGAUGACGAUCAGAUCGAAGGGCCCGCGGAGUUGCAGCUGGUCCUUCUGCCUUUCAGAAAGAUCACGAAGGCAUUGGCGAAGGAGUGCUUUCGACAUGCGACCAAGAACUCAGUGAGCAACAUGGAGCGGCUGUUGAACCAACCGGUCGACCCGGACAUACGGGACACUCGCGAGGGCGAGGCGACUCUUCUCUGUCUGUCUUGCCAUCACGGCUUUGACGAAAUUACGCGGCUUCUGCUGGAAGCCCAGGCAGAUCCGGACAAAUGCCUACCUGACGGUGCAGGUGCUCUGUUCCUGGCCUGCCGUGGUGCCCACGUAGAUGCCGUGCGACUUCUUAUCGAGGCCAGAGCAACGCCGGACCUACCAGAACAUGGUCAGGCAGUGCCACUACAAGUCUCAGCAGCUAUGGGGCUGGUCGAGACCACACGACUCUUGCUGGACGCUCGAGCAGAUGCUUCAAAGAAGAGCAUUGGUGCCGAUGGUCGUCCAGAAAGCGCAUUUCUCAAGGCGGCUACUGGUGGGCAUGUGGAGCUCGUCCGCCUGAUGGUGGAAGAGUACGAGCUCGACAAAGCCGAAGCACCAGAGGCGGCUGGAGGGGCGCUCUUCAUGGCGUGCAUGAAAAAUCACGUGGAGACCGCCUCCUUUCUUCUCGAGGCCAGGGCUCACCCGGACAGAGCCUACGAGGUUCCUGGAACGACACCGCUGGCGAUCGCUGCCAAGGAAGGCCACAUGGAAGCUUUACGCCUCCUGCUGAGAGCGGGUGCGGACUUGAACCUGCCCACGCCCACGGGCGUGACACCCCUGGUGGCAGCAUCGGCAUAUGGCCAGCACGAUGCGGUGGUUUUGCUGCUGGAGAAUCUUGCACAGAUCCACAAGACAGCCGGCAACGGCAUGUCUCCACUCUUGGGAGCAUGCAAGCAUGGUCGUUUCCGCGUGGUCAACCGACUGCUCACCUAUGGGGCCGACAUCCAUCAGGCGAUGCGUGAUGAGGGGGAGACACCGUUUUGGAUGGCCUGCCGUUCUGGCAACAUUAACAUCGUCAAGGAGCUUUUAGAAGCAAAGGCGGACAUGAACACGCCCAACAACUCAGGCGUGACGCCAUUGCAAAUCGCCAAGGAGAUGAGCCAUGCAGAUCUCGUCGUCUUUCUCGAAGCUUUGGUGAUGGACGAGGGCGCCAGCGGCGUACCCGUCUCUGAGGGAAAGGGGGGACUAUAG